UAAAUCGCUACACAAACAAGAAAUGUAUGGUCGGUGAUCUAGAGUGUGAACAGAAGCCCGUGUCUCUGAUAGAGGCUCCCAUAGACCGACGUGUAAACCUGCAGAACUAGAGCAAUGAGGAUCCCAGGCUCCGUCCAGGGUUCAUUCAGGCUGACUUUGGGAAGUAAAAUCAUUAUUGUUUCUUUAUUUGCAUGCAAAUCCGUUAACGAGCACCUUCAAAUCGCCGCACCCGUCCAAAUAAACGCUCACUAGGCGGUGAAAUACAGUCACAAGUCUGCAGUCUGUUACACUGGGACGAGCGACCAUGUGCGGUAUUUAUGCUGUAGCUCUUCUGUUGGGCUUCAUAUCAGCGCAGUGCGGUUCUACUGAUGCUUCAAAGCUUGUAGAGCACACAGCUCAGACUUUCAGAGCGGCUGUGCUGUCCGGGAAAACCUCCUUCAUCUACUUUGGCGAACAUGUUAAUCCAGCCAUUAAAGCCUUUAUAGAGCAGCUGGAGAUGUCUGCACAUGCCUUAGAGGACUAUGGGAUACUGGUUGGUAAGGUGAACUGUUCCAAAGAGAGCGUGGAAAAGUACUGCACCGGAGAGGAAGUGAUGAAAAAGGUGUAUUUAUUCAGAGGUGCUGAUGUCUUGAGAAGCUUCGAUAUUGACACUGUUUUUGACGUCAACGCCAUCGUUUCUCACGUGCUGUUCUCUGUGCUCUUCACUGAGGUUCGUUAUGUACACACUCCUGCGGAGCUGCUCGCCGUGGAGAGGGCCGCGAAGGGAAAGAUGGACAUUGUGAUGGGCCACAUUCAGGUGCUCGGUCUUCCAGAACAUCGAGCAUUAAUGGAGGCAGCGUUUGUGUAUGGAGCCAAGUACCAGUUUGUGCAGACCACCGGAGCCCCUCUACUCAAACACAUGGGAGUCGCUGAUCCGACGUCAGUUCAGGCUCGUCUCUGGUUCCUCCACUGCAGGGGAGUGACCCACCGCUCUGAGCCCUGUCCACAAACACUGAUGAGAAAACCUCUGACCACCAUCAACAUUCACACCUUCCUUCAGCUGAUGGAGGCACCACUCUUGACAGAGGCAGCUGUGGACCCCGAUGACGUGAAGGGCGUCUAUAAUCACCUGAACGUUCCUCUGCUGUUCCUGUUCACUCAGCCUGAAACGCUGCAGCUGGACCGAGACACGGCCGAGUCUGUGGCCCGGAGGCUCCGGGGCGAGGUGGGGGUGGUGCUCAUCCACAGGGACGGCCGCAGAGUUAAAACUCCAUUGAAGUACAAUGCUGCAUAUCGGCUGCCGCAGGAGGAAGUGAGGUAUUUCAGCCUGAAGAAUGUGGAGGAGGUUAUUGAUCUGUUCAGAGAACAACUUUUUCAAGGAACAGAGGAGGAGGAGGAGGAGGAGGAAGAGGAAGAAGAUGAUCGAUGGUCCAGUUUAGAUGUUUUGGACGAUGAGGUGGCGGAGUCUGUGUACAGAGACCGAGGACUAACGCUGGACACAGAAGCGGUCACAAAACUCACAGCUGAAACUUUCAGCACUGCAGUGACACAGAAUGGCCUCAUGGUGGUGCUGUUCUAUGUGAAAUGGGACGCUGUGUGCAUGGCUUUCCUGCAGUCGUAUGUAGAAGUUGCUGAUGCGCUGGAAGAUGUGAGUGGUAUAGAGUUGGCCUAUGUAGACUGUGGUGAGUGGACUGUUGUCUGCAGUGACCAGAACAUCACGUCUUUCCCCUCUGUUCUGCUCUAUCGCCCUGGUGAGGUUCCCCAGCGCUACAGAGGCAUGCUGGGAACUGGCAGCCUCCACAGGUUCCUCCUGCUUUCUCAGGUGCCGAGCCCCACGUCUCUCUCCUCCUCAGCGGAGGUUCUGUCCUUCCUGGAAGGAGAUCUCUACAACACCAACUCCGCUCUCUCCCCCGUCCGUGUGCUCGGCCUUUACUCACCCGCAGACACAGAUGUGGUCGUCUUUGAAGAGGCUGCAAAGUCCCUGAGAGGAGAAACACUUCUGGGACUGUUUGUACAUGAAGAGGCAGAGAGAUGGGCUGGAGAGCACUCUGUGAUGCUGCCUGCUCUCGUGGUCUCUCAUGGGCCUGGAAUUCAGCGUGAAGCUCAUUCCCUUCAUUCAUCCACACCACAGGAGCUGGUCUCACACAUACGGAGAGCCACGCUGGAUCCAUUUCCCGAGCUGACCGUAGAGAACCUGCCGUGGUAUUUGGAGCUGGGGAAGCCGCUGCUGCUGCUGUUUGUCGGUGCGGAGGAGAGUCCAGAGACUGACCAGUCACUGAAGGAGAUCCAAAAAGCACAAAGCACCAGACAACUGGACUCAUCACUGCCCUGCUGGAUCCACCUGGGUCGAACUCCUGCUGGACGGUCAGUUCUAGAGUCCUAUCUCGGGUUUGUUCCUCCACUACCUGCUUUGGUGCUCUCACAGCUGGCCUCCGGAGGAGAGGUGUUUCACUUCCCCUCAGAGCGCCCCCUGCUGGCCGGGACCAUCGUCCAGUGGCUGAAGAGAGUAGAGGACGGCCAGGAGCAGCCUGCAGGUGUGGUCUCAGAUGAAGCGUGGGGUCCCCCUGUGCCUUUCUACGACUUCCUGGCCGUUAUGGAUGAGGAAGCGCCCGGUUAUGCGGCUCAGCGGAGCCCUAAAACAAAGCCUGGGGGCAAGAAAGGGUCGGAGAGGGGGCAGGAGAGAAAUCCAGCUGGACGAGGAGAAACAGAAACAGCUUUUAACCCUCAAACACCUCCUGCUCACACUGAACUGUAGAGUCAGACCGUCAACCCUCUCUCUCUGAACUCUAACAGACUAAGUCCUGUUGGAAUGGGAUUAUUUUACACACGGAGGUGGGAUAAUGGAGUUAUUACUGGUGAGUUGAGUCCCGAAGCCAAAAAAACUUUUCUGGUGUCUGGUUGUUUUACACUUCAUUAGACUGAAACACCUGGGGCCCGGAGCAGGACAGUUACUGAAGAAAAGUUUGUUUACUCAAGCCAGCAAUUUUAUAAGAGAAGGAAAAAAAUUCUUAACUGAAAAGUUCCUACUAAGUUUCUUGGGGAAAAACUUUUCUUUUUAAAGUGUCUAAUAGUUUUUCAAAAUUGCAUGUUUACACAGUGUAAAGAGUGGCUGGCAUUUUGAAAUGAGUUUCAAAACAUUACAAAAGUUACAAGGUUUUAUUAAAUGGUGUCAAAUUAUGGACAAACUCCAAAUUCGUCUUAAAUUCACUCCUGAAAAAAGUUUUGCUUAUCACUCCCAAAAC